UUGGAGUGGGAAGUGAAGGGUUAAGACUCAGGUCGCUUUCUGGUGAGUUCUUUGGAAGCGAGAAUUGAGUGGCAUCUGACGCCUCGAAACUGCUACUUGUACCCCACCAUCACCCUCGCUCCCGUUCUUUUGAAGAUUCGAGAGAUUUGCCACGUGUGCAGGUGAGUCGGCCUACAGGUGACUGAAUUGGCUCUCAAUAAUGGGAAGAACCUACAUUGUAGAAGAGACUGUUGGCCAGUAUCUUUCAAACAUCAAUCUGCAGGGAAGAGUUUUUGUCUCUGGCCUUUUGAUAGGACAGUGUUCUUCACAAAAGGAUUACGUGAUUCUUGCCACUAGAACACCACUCAAAGAAGAACAAAAUGAGAAUCCCAAAGCUAAAUUAGAGAGUUUGGAUGAAGAAUGGGCCACAGAGCAUGCCAGUCAGGUGUCUAGAAUGCUACCUGGAGGUCUUUUAGUUCUUGGAAUAUUUAUUAUUACAACUUUAGAACUAGCAAAUGAUUUUCAACAUGCCCUGCGCAGAUUAAUAUUUUCCAUGGAAAAGUCUAUGAAUAGAAAACGACUCUGGAAUUUCACAGAGGAAGAGGUCUCAGAACGAGUGAUACUUCAUGUUUGCUCUUCUACGAAAAAAGUAUCUUGUCGAACUUAUGAUGUCCGUGACCCAAAGAGUUCAGCGAGACCGGCAGAUUGGAAGUAUCAGAAUUGGGUGUCCACCUCCUGGCUCUCUCUAGAGUGCACUGUUCACAUUAACAUUCACAUCCCACUUUCUACUACUUCUGUCAGUUACACUCUGGAGAAGAACACAAAGAAUGGACUUACACGCUGGGCCAAGCAAAUAGAAAAUGGUGUUUAUCUGAUCAAUCGACAAGUUAAAGAUGAAGAUUCUGACCUACUAGAAGGACAGAAAAAAUCUUCUAGAGGAAGUACUCAAGGAACUGGUCAUUCUUUUGAUAUCCAAGUGUUAACACAAUUGCUCCUGAAUUCAGACCACAGAUCCACAGCCACAGUCCAGAUCUGCAGUGGUUCUGUGAACCUUAAGGGUGAUGUGAAAUGCAGAGCUUAUAUUCACAGCAACAGACCAAAGGUUAAAGAUGCUGUGCAGGCAAUAAAGAGAGAUAUUCUGAACACAGUUGCUGAUCGUUGUGAAAUACUGUUUGAGGAUCUGCUUUUGAAUGAAACUCCAGAAAAAAAAGAUUGUGAAAAAGAGUUCCAUAUCCUCCCACACCGAGUUUUUGUUCCUAUUUCUGGAUCCCCUGUAAUGUUGUGUGAUUAUAAAUUUGGUGAUGAAGCAGCUGAAGAAAUCAGAGACCAUUUUUUGGAGAUGUUAGAUCAUAUGAUUCAAACAGAAGAUUUGGAAAUUGCAGAGGAAAUAAAUACAGCUUGUAUGACUUCCUUUAUGGAUAGUGAAGCUUCAUUGACCAACGCAGAUGAUGAACAGCCAGAGCAACCAAAUAAAACAAAUUUAGUAUUGAAAAUUCAACAAAACAUAGGUGUGAUUGCAGCGUUCGCAGUUGCAGUCCUUGCUGCGGGUAUCUCCUUUCAUUACUUCAGUGAUUAGGGUGACACAAAAAGAGCUUCCUGAUCACCCAGAAAACACCGAUCAACAACUCUGUCCAAUAAAGAUGUAACUAAUCUGCCUGCAUUUAAGAUAGCAACUAGGUCUGCUGUGAUUUUUUUGUUGUUGUUGUUAGAUGUGUAUCUGACUAACAUGAAAUCACCAGCUGCCUUGUUUGGCCCUGCCUAUAUUAUAGGUGG